AUGGUGUCACCGUCACUCUUGCGUGAAUUGGUCGACGUCUUCUUUGAUAAGGUGAGCGCCUCGCUACCCAUAUUCCAUCGACAACGAUUCUACCAUCGUUACUUCCCCACACGGGAAGUCGACAAAGCAGCGCAUCGAGAGGAACCUCUCGAGUCAGCUCUCUUGUUCAAUGGAAUCAUGGCCCUAUCUGCCCGUUUCUCACAGUCUCCACAUUUUGCAAGCAUCAACCCCUUGACAAGAGGCGAGCCGUUCGCCCGGGAAGCUCAGAAGAUAUACGCAGACGCAACCGCGGCACAGAGAGACGAGACGCCCACUCUGGAGCAUCUUCAGGGCAUCAUCCUCAUUGCUUAUUACCACUAUUCGAACAGUGCCACCUCGUUUGCGUGGACCUUGACAGGGGUUUGUGCUCGGCUCGCCUACGACCUCUCGAUUGAUAGCCUCGAUCAGAGUCUGCGGAUAGAUCCUUCAGCCUGCCAUUCGGAGGCUCCUGAAGAAUGGAUAGUUAAGGAAGAGUACCGUCGAGCGUGGUGGUCAGUCUGGGAGCUGGAUGCGUUUGCGUCUAUGGUCACGAGACGGCCACAGACGAUCGAUAACACCAGGAUGCAUGUUCUGCUCCCGGUCUCUGACCAAGCAUGGCUUCAAGGAAAGCCUGUGGCCUCUGCCUUUAUGGGCAACUCGCCAGAGACGGCCUGGAAGGCGCUCCGGUCCUGUCCCAAUCAAGACGAGAGAGCUUGGCAUCUAGUUGCCACUUGUCUCCUGGCAUCAGCCUACGAUCUGCGAGCUCGAGAUAAUGUCUCUGCUGCCGCCAAAGAUGCCAUGGAAACGACUCUCUUGUGCUUCAGCCUUGGCCUUCCCCAACACUUCACUACCAUUUCCAGCAACGUCAUCUUUGCCGACGAGACUUUCGCUGCGGGAAACUGGGCUGUCACCACGAACCUGCUGCUCCUCAGGUAG